AUGAAAAAUCUCAUGAAAGGCCAAAUUCUUGACGAAUACAUGAUAGAUUAUGAUAAGACUUUUUCUGAGCAGUCAGAGAAAAUCUACAAGAAGUUGAUUCCUGAAUUAAAGAAGUUGAUGAGUAAGCAUUUUAAUCUGUCAGUCACUCAAUUGCUAAAAUACCUAUUACGUGAUGUAUUAGAUCCUGCUGCAAAUAAUCCUCCAAAAAACACACUUAAAUGGGCAUAUGACAUGAAAAAAAUUAAAUACAAAGAAAUGGAUGCUAAAAUGCCUGAAUAUGAAGAAAUGUUAGAAUACGAAGUUGACGAUGAUUAUGAUAGAGAAAUUCAAUAUAAUGAUACAAAUUUAACAGAUCUAAAUUUAGAUUUCAUACUAAAUUUGUCAGAGAUAAAUUUGAUUUGA